AUGGCUGAACCCCAAAAGUCACUUGUGAUUAAGCUUUACAUGAAUGGUGCAAAACGUUCAGGAACCGUCCAAGAAGGGUGCCAACAGAUGGAGAUCGCUGAUUUUCGUUACAAGAAAAUGAGAAACAAGGCUUCUGAAAUUUCUCCGCCACUGGAAAAGAAUAGAACUACUAAACACCCACCAAAUAAAUCUUUCAUCAAAGAAAACUCCGGAAGAAUGUCAAGAACUGCAUCCCAAGUUUGUGAGUUGGACAAUGAAGGUGCAGGGUGCAAGAAAGAGAAGAAAAAAAGGGCAUAUAACAUGGACAGAAACAACAAGAUGCAGUGUUGGGUGAUCUUGCAGAGGUUGAUGGUAGAAAGAGAUAGUUGGGCUUUCAAACAACCUCUUGAUGUUAAGGUCUUCGAGUUUCUUGAUAACCCUGAGGCUGUAUCCAAGCCAAUAGGUUUGAAGGAUAUUGAGUGGUGA